AUGUCCGUAGCUCGGCUUCCCACCGAGAGCAAUGAUCCGAAGCCCAAAAAAGCCAGAGUGGAAAUCCGACCAGUCUUGGGCUUCUCGGACGAGGACAAAAUCGGAACCAUUCAACCCCACAACAAUGCUCUAGUGGUCACACUCAGGAUAGGAGCGUACAAUGUAAAAAGAGUGUUGGUAGACCAAGGUAGCGUUGUCGAGGUCAUGUACCCUGACCUGUACAAGGGGUUAAGAUUAAAACCCAAGGACCUGACAGCCUACAAUUCCCCUCUGAUUAGUUUUGAGGAGAAGACUGUUAUUCCAAAGGGUCAAAUCAGACUACCCAUACAGACUGGUUCGGAAGUGGUGGAGGUAAACUUCAUCGUGGUGGAUGCCUAUUCUCCCUACACAGCUAUUGUGGUUAGGCCCUGGCUCCAUGCUCUAAAAGCCGUUUCAUCCACCCUGCACUAG